CAUAAAUUUUAACUAAACCAACUGUCACUAAAAUACAACCUUGCUUCAGUGUAUGAGGUGUGGUGAAUUUCUAUUGCAACGUGAAUAAGAUUGUAAACAAAUAACGCAAAACUAGAAGUAAACAAACGAAACAAAAUAAUUAUAGCCCAUACAGAAGAAAUAUGAAUUCUAUAUCUAAUGAGCGAUCACAUCAUGACAUAUUGAAUAUUUUUGCAACUGAAAAGUCAAGUGAACAUGGCUUUUUACGUGUAAGUGCACCGAUGGUGCGCUACAGUAAAUUAGAAUUUCGCAAACUAUUGCGCCAAAACGGAGUAAAAUUAUGUUUCACACCCAUGAUUGUGGCCGAUUCCUUUAAUAGAAGUGAAAAAGCACGACAGAAUGAGUUUACCACAACUUUCGAUGAUAAUCCAUUAAUAGCACAAUUUGCGGCAUGUGGUGUGCAGGAAUUCGUUACAGGAGCACAAUUAAUUUACCCUUACGUGGAUGGUGUCGACUUGAAUUGUGGCUGUCCACAAUCUUGGGCAAUUGCAAAAGGCUAUGGUUGUGGUUUACUACGCAAACCAGAGAUUGUACAUGAUAUCGUUCAAGAGGUACGUAGAACAUUGCCUAGUAAUUUUAGUGUUUCGGUAAAAUUACGUUUACUUAAUGGGCAAUCUGUAGAGUCUACAAUAGAGUUAGCGAGACAGUUGGAAAUGUGUGGCGUUACGUUUUUAACAAUACACGGACGUACAGCUUGGCAACGAACUUCCGAUCCACUUAAUAUACCGGCUAUGGCUGAACUUAAACAGUCUUUGCGUAUACCAUUAAUAGUGAAUGGUAAUGUACAAACCUGGCAAGAUGCUGUAGAUUUACAUAAUCAUACAGCUGCUGAUGGUGUUAUGGCUGCACGUGGUCUACUUGCAAAUCCUGCACUCUUUAAUCCGGCCUUUAAAGAUGUGCCGGACACUACGUUAACGAGUGUGCAACAAUGGCUGGAUAUAGCAGCUAAAGCUGAAGAUAAUUUGACUUUUCAAUGCUUUCAUCAUCAUUUGGUGUUUAUGUGGAGCAGUCAUAUGAAUCGCAAACUACGUGUAGAAUUUAAUAAUUUUACUAAAAAGCAACAAAUUUUGGAUUUCUUUAAAGAGCGAUAUGAUUUAAGUCCACUGGUGGCUUCAGAUGCAGAUAACUUCGAUUACACUGAUUGUACAUAUGAACAUGUAAAUAUGGUGCAAAUCGUAGAGGAUAGCUUAAAUAAUGACACUUGGAAUGCAGACACAAAUGGAAAGUUUUUCAAUGAAUUUAGUAAAGAAAUGCAAGAUGAUGCAUUAGAAAAUGAUGAAUUUGAAUUGGGAAAUACUUUCUUUACGGAACUUGAAUAAUUUUGUACAUAAUAAGUAGUCAUUAAUUAUGUAUUUUUUUGUUAAG